UUGGCUCUACAAUUUUACUGUCUGAAUAUUUGUCAAGUAAAGACCCGUCCAGGGCGUCCACCCCUCGACGCUCCAGCCCCUUCUCUUUCUCUCUCUCUCACUCUCACUCGGCUACCGCUUUCUCCGUUUAAACAAACUCGUAACAGAUUUUUCCAUUUUUUCAACGAAUUCCUUGCUCUUCUUUAAAGGACUGGCUAAGUCAAAUAGCUAGGUCAGCUAUUGAACUUUUUUUUAUCUAUUGAUAAAGUUGGAAUUAUUUGAUAAUGGCUUCAAGAGUGAUCUUGCGAAGGAGGAGCUACAUUUUCAAUUCCCCAACUCGACUUACUUCCCUGAUUCGGGGCUUUUCUAGUUUUGAGCAUAGACAAUCAUUUACAUCCGAGGAUUCACAAGGAUCACCCUAUGUUGCAAGCCAUCCCUAUCCAGGUUCUGAUUUUAAGAAAGUCGUUUUACCUUCAGUUCUAAAAAAUGAGCUAUCAUAUUUUCUAGCAUCACAAUACUCAUCCGGAAUCUCAAACUCGGGUUAUCUAGUGGGAAAUUUAGAAUUUAAGUUUCCAUCGGGAGUCCGAUGGUUUUCACAAUCUGCGCGUUCUGCUUCGACUUCCACCGCUUCUAGUGAUGGAAAAGAACAACAGGCUUCUAAAAAGGUGAAGGAGGCUUCGCCCGAGGAAUGCGAUCAAGCAGUUGAAGGCCUGAGUACAGUGAAAGCCAAAGCCAAAGCUAAGCAGGUACAGGACUCCACCAAAAGUGGACAAUCGUUAAUCAAGAAACUAUGGGCAAUGAUUCUUGGCAUUGGACCUGCCUUGAGAGCUGUUGCUUCUAUGAGCAGAGAAGACUGGGCAAAGAAGCUUCGCCAUUGGAAGGAUGAAUUUAAAUCUACAAUGCAACACUAUUGGUUGGGUACAAAGUUACUUUGGGCUGAUAUUAGGAUAAGCUCAAGGUUGUUGGUAAAACUUGCUAGCGGGAAGGGUCUUUCUAGAAGGGAAAGGCAACAGCUUACUAGAACGACAGCUGAUAUUUUUAGGCUAGUUCCUUUUGCCGUCUUCAUCAUAGUUCCAUUUAUGGAGUUCUUGCUACCAGUAUUUUUGAAACUAUUUCCCAACAUGUUACCUUCAACCUUCCAGGACAAGAUGAAAGAACAGGAAGCAUUGAAAAGACGGCUGAAUGCUAGGAUAGAAUAUGCAAAGUUUCUUCAAGAUACGGUGAAAGAAAUGGCAAAAGAAAUCCAAAACUCACGGAGUGGAGAUGUUAAAAAGACGGCAGAAGAUCUUGCUGAGUUUAUGAACAAGGUUAGAACUGGUGCAGGUGUAUCCAAUGAUGAAAUUUUAGGCUUCGCCAAGUUGUUUAAUGAUGAACUUACUUUAGACAAUAUUAGCAGGCCUCGUUUAGUGAAUAUGUGCAAAUAUAUGGGUAUCAGUCCAUAUGGUACAGAUGCAUAUUUACGAUAUAUGCUUCGGAAAAGACUGCAAGAAAUCAAGAAUGAUGAUAAGAUGAUUCAAGCCGAGAGUGUGGAGUCUCUUUCAGAAGCGGAGCUUCGACAAGCUUGCAGAGAGCGGGGCUUACUUGGAUUACUUUCAGUGGAGGAGAUGAGGCAACAGUUGCGUGACUGGCUGGAUUUAUCUCUCAAUCAUUCCGUUCCCUCUUCUCUAUUGAUUCUGUCUCGAGCGUUCACCGUGUCUGGAAAAGUCAGACCAGAGGAGGCUGUUCAAGCUACACUCUCCUCUCUUCCGGAUGAGGUCGUGGAUACUGUUGGAGUUACAGCUUUACCAUCUGAAGAUUCUGUUUCAGAAAGGAGGAGAAAGUUGGAAUUCCUUGAAAUGCAGGAAGAACUUAUCAAGGAGGAAGAAGAGGAGGAGGAAGAGGAACAAGCCAAGUUGAAAGAAUCUUUUAGCAAACAAAAGGAUGUGGCUUUGGAAGAGUUGGCUGUUUCCACAGCAAAAGAAGCGCAAGAAUUAGCAAAAGCAAAAACAUUGGAAAAACAUGAGCAGCUAUGUGAGCUCAGCCGAGCAUUAGCUGUUUUAGCUUCUGCAUCCUCGGUGAGCUGGGAGCGUGAAGAGUUCUUGAGACUUGUCAAGAAAGAGGUAGAACUGUACAACAGUAUGGUAGAGAAAGAGGGUACAGAAGAUGAAGAAGAAGCUAAGAAGGCAUACAAAGCUGCCCGAGAGCAUAGUGACCAUACUGCUCAGAAGGCAAUUGGUGACAAAGUUUCCUCUGCACUUAUAGACAGGGUUGAUGCUAUGCUCCAAAAGCUUGAAAAAGAAAUUGAUGAUGUUGAUGCUAAGAUUGGAGACCGAUGGCGGUUGCUUGAUAGGGAUUAUGAUGGUAAAGUUACUCCUGAGGAGGUUGCUUCUGCUGCUAUGUAUCUCAAGGACACAUUAGGCAAGGAGGGUAUACAGGAGCUUAUUAGCAACCUCUCCAUAGAUCGAGAAGGAAAAAUACUAGUUGAAGAUAUCGUCAAAUUAGGGGGUGAAACAGAUGACGCUGACACUGCUGAAGCAGGAAGAUCGUAGUGAACUGUACUGAAAUUUUUGUUGUUAAACCCUGUUUAAAGGGUCAUUAGUGCCUCUAUUACAACAUUAUUGUAUUUUAACUUAGAAAUAAUGUAGCACUUGACUUCAGUAUCCGCUGGUUUUAUGUCACCUACUACAAUCUGAAUAUAUUACAAGUUGAGGAAAAAUGAACCCUAUGUAUUCUUUGUCGCAGAAGUUAUAGUGAAACACUGGCUGCUUGGAAAUUUAUCUACAAAA